UCAUUUCCUUUUUAUUUAUUAUGUAUUGGAACAUUUAUUCAAUUGCUCAUUUGUGCUACAUGUGGGAAGCCUUUGAGAGUGUUAUAUUGUUGUAGAGGUAAUGUCAAAUCUAGAUAGUGUUGAAGAAGUAAGCAACGAUGAACAUAUUGAAAUAAUAGAUGAAGUGGACUUGGAUGAAGAUGAAAUGAUUGAUAUGUUGGAAUGCCUACUCAAAUGCUAGUUUUAAAUCAUGCUAAAAAAGAUAUGGAAAGGAGGCAACAUAUUGGUACUGUUGUCUUAUUGUGUCAUGUUGUCCAUGCAUUGUAUUUGAAUCAAAUCUUAUCAACAUGUAUUCAUAGUAGAGUCACCUAUUCUCCACAAAGUGAGCGUAGACGUUGUGAGUUAAUGAGUUAUCUAGUGCAUACAGAUAAGUGUCGGGACAUCAUACGAAUGGGGCCUGAAGCAUUCAUGCAGCUGUGUCUAAAACUAAGAGGUACGGGUAUAGUAAAGGAUACUAUAAAGUAUACUGUAGAAGAGAAAGUGGCAAAGUUCUUGCAUAUUGUAGGACAUAAUGUUAAAAAUCGUACCAUUUCUUUCUUCUUUUAUCGUUCGGGAGAGACUGUUAGUCGUCACUUUCACACUGUGUUGCAUGUCAUACUUGCAUUGGGGGAAGAAUUUAUAGCCCAACCAUCAGUUGCCGAUGUCCCACCACAAAUACUAAACAAUAGCAGAUUUUAUCCAUUUUUUAAGGAUUGCAUUGGAGCUAUAGAUGGCACACACAUUCGAGUGAAGGUUCCAAGGGCAGAAGCCCCUCGUUUUCGUGGAAGAAAAGAGCAUCCCACUCAAAAUGUAUUAGCUGCAUGUAAUUUCGACAUGAAAUUCACUUACGUGUUAGCCGGAUGGGAAGGAACAGCAUUUGACUCUAGAAUAUUAAAAGAUGCUUUAAGUAAAGAAGAUCCUUUAAUAAUUCCCGAAGGAAAGUUUUAUCUCGGGGAUGCGGGAUUUAUGCUUAAACAAGGGUUACUAACUCCAUAUAGAGGAGUUCGUUAUCACUUGAAAGAGUAUUCCUCUCGUGGGCCACAAAAUCCUCGAGAGUUAUUCAACCUUCGACACUCUUCACUUCGGAACGUCAUUGAAAGAACUUUUGGUGUGUUAAAAAAGAGAUUUCCAAUUAUAGCUAGUGGCACCGAACCGCAUUAUUCAUUUGAAGUAAUGAUAGACAUAGUACUUGCUUGUUGUAUACUUCAUAACUUUUUAAUGGGAGUGGACAUUGAUGAAGCACUAAUUGCUGAAGUUGAUCAUGAACUGGUUCAAAAUGACAUAGAUAGAUCCCAAACACAACAGCGUGAUGAAGACUACCGACUGGGAUCGCUUCUUAGGGAAGCUAUUACAACCGAAAUGGGGAACCUGUAUGGAGCUUAAUGUAGUUUUGUCAUGAGAUAAUGUAGUUUAUUGGUUAAUGUUAAAGUAGAUUAUAAUUAUGUUUUUCUGUUAAUUAGUUCAAAUGUUUUAUUUGUUGUCAUGUACUUGUUUCAAUUGAUAAAUAUUUGGAUUAUAAUCUUGUUUCAUUAAUUAAUGUGAUAUGCACUGUGGUAUCUUGUUUCUGUUGAAACUAAAUGCAUUUAUAGGUUGAAAAAUGGCAAAGGAUAAAGGUCAAAGUGUAGAACCUAGACAAGAUACUAAGGAAGUCUUAAGGUGGACUGAUGAUAUGGAUCAAAUAUUAUUGAAUGCUUUGAUGGAAGAGGUCCAUAAAGGGAAUAGGCAUGAUGGUUCAUUUUCACCUGAAGCAUACUCCAAUGUCGUAGCUGUUUUACGGUCUAACAUUGAUCCAACCAUGACAAAACAACACAUAAAAAAUAGAAUGAAAACUUUGAAAGAUCGUUUUGGUGAAGCGUAUGAUCUAUUUGGUAGCUUAAGCGGGUUUGGAUGGAAUUCAACAACUAGGAGGUUUACGGCUGAGGAAGUAGUUUGGCAAGAACUUAUAAGAGUAAAACCACAUGCUGCUAAAUGGAAAACCAUGCAAGUUAAGCAUUAUGAUGUUCUGAAGGUUCUUUUUGGGGAAGACCGAGCAGCGGGAAAAACAUCUAAGACUAAUAAAAUGAGACACAAACAGUUGGAGAAGGAAAGGGAAAAGGAAAAAGAAAAAGAAAAGGAAAACGUUGAUCUGAAUGACACAGCUAAUGAUACUUACAUGACUGACCAACGUGCUGAUAUAUUUGAUGAAGGGCAAGAAGAACCCAUUGUUGACUCAUACAGUCCAACAUAUGGGAAAUCACAUCAAUCCACAGGAACAUCUGGUUCUCGCGGAACAAAGCGUAAGGCUCCAAUGAAUGAUUUUGUGGAGGCUCAAUUGGAUAGAAUGACGAGUGGCAUUGGACUCAUGGCUGAUGCUUUGAACAAAGGUAAUUCAAUUUCUGAUCAAUUGCAUGAUGUGGCUAAACAACAAAUAGAAAUAUCUGCACGACAAGUUGCAGCUAUUGAGAAACGCAACGAAAUCUUGCAAAAUUGUAGACCUCGAGUGUAUACAGGAGCAGAUGUAUGGAAUAUGCUUGAUGAGUUGGAUAUGCUGCCACAAUUUCGUUUUAAGUGCUAUGAAGUUCUUUGCAAUGAUAACAAAAAGAAGGAGCUGGUUUUUGGUCUACCCACUGACAUGCGCUUACAGGUUCUCUUACAAAUGAUGAAUGCUAAUUUCUACCAUUGAAGUUAUUUGAUAUCUUUUUGUGUCAUGUAUAUGACUCUUUUGUGUAUAUGUAAUGAGGACACAUUUGGUGCCUAUAAUUAUGCUUGUAAAAUGACAAGUAUUUUAACAUGAAACAUGCAGUAGGAAAAAAAAACAAUAUGUAGUUGACACAUUUGGUGCCUAUAAUUAUGCUUGUGUCCCGUAACUCUGUUCAAGCACAUAAUCAGAUGUUCCAUUUAUUCAUUGUGCAAAAUUU